AUGUCCGCCAUCACCGAGACCCGUCAGUCCGUCUACGUCUCCGAGGGCUUCUCUGAGCCCAUGAGCGCUCAACACAACUUUGCCAACAACUUCGACCUCAACGACCCCGAGCGUGCCAUGAGCGAAUACCAAAGAAUUAUGCACGAGCACACCAAGCGCCAACUCACCACCGCAACUGAUUCUGCCCGCCGACGAAGCGGAGGCUCCAACGAAUCCGUCAGC